AUGAGGCUGCUCUGUUUUCUUGUGCUUGUACUGGGUGCUGCUUUUUGUGGGAGGGUAGCGAGGCUUAGAAUUCAACUACUUCCCGUUAACAAGGGACCCAGGUCGUUUUCCGAUAUCCAGGAAUCUGUGAAACUUACUAGAAAUCGGUGGAGUGUGGCUUGUGGUUUGAGUGGACUGCAUCCAGAGCCACUGGAAAACUAUCUUGACGCACAAUAUUAUGGCGAGAUUGAACUGGGAACUCCUGGUCAGAAAUUCAUGGUUGUUUUCGAUACUGGUUCUUCAAAUCUUUGGGUUCCAUCGAAGAAGUGUAGCUGGUUCGACAUUGCUUGCUGGGUGCACCACAAGUACGACAGUAGAAGGUCAACCACAUAUAAAGCAAAUGGUACAGAUUUCUCGAUUCAGUACGGAACCGGUAGUCUUACUGGCUUUCUCAGCACGGAUACUAUCAAGUUAUCCGACAUUCAAGCACCAGAUCAGACUUUUGCAGAGGCUACCAAGCAACCUGGAAUCGUAUUCAUGAUGGCCAAAUUCGAUGGUAUCUUGGGAAUGGGCUUUAGGUCCAUCUCUGUGGAUAAUGUUGAGCCCGUUUUCUAUAACCUUGUCCGCAGGAACCUUAUCUCUGAGCCCAUAUUUGCCUUCUAUCUAGACAGAGACGAAAACGAUAUUGUUGGCGGCGAACUGAUGCUCGGUGGUUUUGAUGAGUCCUACAUCGAUGGUCCUAUCACUUAUACUCCAGUCACACGCGAGGCCUACUGGGAAUUCCAUGUUCAAGGAAUUGAAGUCGUUGGUGAGGCUUUGUGUGAAGGUGGCUGCGACGCGAUCGCCGACACUGGCACCUCGCUAAUUGUCGGUCCUACCGAGUCGAUUCGUCGCCUGGCCGAAGCCACAAAGGCCCGGCCGCUUCCUGGGGGUACUUACUUCGUUUUCUGUGACUCGGUCCCCUCUCUGCCUCCCAUCACCUUCACCAUUGAAUCUGUGAACUUCACACUAGCUCACGACGACUACAUUCUUAAGGUGACUCAGCUCGGUCAAGAAAUGUGCCUUCUUGGGUUUAUGGGAAUGGACAUUCCCAAUCAUCCAAUGUGGAUUCUUGGGGACGUUUUCAUUGGCAAGUACUAUAGCAUCUUCGACCUAGGCCUGAAGCGUAUUGGCUUCGCGCCGGUAAAGAAACAUCCGCCGAAAUUUUCACGACCCGUCUUUCUACCCUUCGCCGGUGACAACCUCCGCAAGGUGGUUCCUAUGACGCGACUUGUACCCGCUCAGCAGAUUUAUAACUAA